AUGGCUACCGCCGGCAGCAACGCGACGGCGAACGCCGGCAACGAGGCGAACGGCGGCAGCAGCAGCAACAGCAACGUACCGCAAUGGAAGCGCGACCUGAUACAACGUCGCCGUCAGCAGAGCAAGGUCCUCGCGAACAGCGGCGCAAGCGUCAAGUUAUGUAGCGCGAUGAUAGGCACGUCGUCGCCGUCUCCAUCGUCGUCGUCGGUAACGUCAGCGUGCGCGACGACGCCCGACGGUGGCAUCGUCGCUACCGAGCAGAGUGCGGCAGCGGUUCCGGAGCAUUACACGAUCGCCGGCGCGCUUCGCGCGGCACGCUCAACGGCAGCCAGCGAGGAUGCCGCGUCGACCGUCGCGGUCUGCGGAGCUGGUUCUGGUAGUGGUAGCGCGUUGCUCUCCUCCUCCCCCUCCUGUCACGCGAGAAGGCCGCCGACCGGUGGCGCCACCACCGGCGGCGGUGGCGGAGCGGUGGCGGCAACGGUCGCCGACUUUGCCUUGUCGCCAGUCGCGUACAACAUGCGUCUCGAGGCGGAUUUGUCGCUCUGCUCGGACGCGGAGGAUAUUGUGAACGGCGCGCCGGCUAAAUUCGCGGACGUCUCGUCGGAACGGAAAUUGUCGGAUUACAUCGUCGGCGAGGAGAGCGAGGAGGUGGCCUCGAGGACGGCGGACGGCAAGCCGCCGAGAGUGGCGACCGCGAGGAUGAGCAACGAGAGUAACGAGAGUAACGCGUCGUCGCAGCGCAGCGACGAGAUUCGCGCGGUUUUGAGCGGAAGACGCGGAAAGGAGGUGAUGUUCCACGAUGGUAAUCUGACGACGCUGAAGGGUCUGUCGCGCCGCGUCGCGUCGCCGAGUCGCGCCUCCAGCGAGGACGCGGAGAGCGACAGCUCCGAGGAGCUGCAGUACGGGCCGGGGAUCGUCAACAAGCUCAGAUGCAAGUACCUUAACCUCACUCUACGCGAGACGAACAAGAGUCGCGCGUCGGUGCAGCGGUUCCGGCGCGCGGCCAGCCUCGAGGAUCUGUUGGACCGAGACGACGACGAAGCGUCCAGUCACGAAAAGACCACUACCAGCAGGAAGUACACGAAGCGAAGCGGCGGCGUUGGCGGUGGUAGCGGUAGUAGCGGCGGCGGCAGCGGCGGCGGCGGCGUCGUCGUCGCCGCUGUUGCUCCCAAGACCGACAGGUACCGGAACGCCUCCCGGGGCAACGACUCGAUGAAGCGGGCGCGCAGCGUCGAGACCUUGAUGAGGUACAACAGCGUGACGGCAGACGAAGCGACGACUACGCGCCAGGUUCCGGUCGUCGCUCGGCCAGUGACAAAUGGCGUUCGCCAGGAGCCGGUCAACGACCACAUCAUUCUCGUGGACCGUACGUCCGUGAAGAUCGAGAGCCGCCUGAGCGAGCUCGAUCGGCCCAAGCCGAUCAACAAGCCCAAGAGGAUCAAGCCGGUGCUGGCGGAGACGGAACGGCCGCCGCCUGAUCUAGUCAAGACCACGAUGAGGAUCUUCGAGAGCUCGGCGAGGAAGCUGAAGCCCAAGGGCGAGGUCGCCGCGAAAGUCGCCACCUUCAAGACCAUCAACGACACGUUCAAGGCACAAACGCAUCAGACGCAGAAGAAGCUGCAGAAACCGCCGUUGCAGCCGAAGCCCUUUAUCAACGGCGGCGCUCGCGCCGGUGCCACAGGCGGUUCCCCGAAAAAAAUCGUGCUGCCGCACAAGCCGACCGCGGAGCUGAUCGAGGCGCAGGACGGCAAGGGGGAGUAUCAUAUAGACGGCGUCAUCACGGAACCAAUUGCGCAAUCGGUAUCCUCUGUAGUAAGCAAGUUCCAGCAGAUCGAAAAGUCGCACUCGCCCUCCCCGUCGCCGGAACCCUCGAGCUACAAGCUGAAAUUCUCUCCGGCGAACAGCCCGGAACCACCGCAGACGUGCAAAUCCAAGUCCGCCGCUCUGGAGAUCGCCGUCAAGUCGCCGCCGGUCACGCCAGUACUUUCGCCGAGGAUCCUGUCGCCCAGACUUCAGAGCCCGUCGUCGCCGGUCAAAGAUGUCCGACAGGGCAUCCCGCAGAGUCCCUCCUCUCCCAUCAAGGACCUGAUCCGCAUUCAGAUCCCGAGUUCGCAUCACAAACCGCCGCUGCCGAGUCCCGUCAAAGGAGAACCCGCGAAGACGGAGCCGGAGGCCAAGGCCGUUCGUCCGCAGGGCGUCGAAAAGGAGAUCCCGAGGACGAGUAACGAGAGUCCACGACAGACACGCCUUCCAGAUUCGUCUGCCAAUGUAGACUGGAAGGAAGACGCGAAAUCGAGCCGCGUCGCGUUCAACGACGGGGAGAAGAACGUCGACGAGGAGAUCGUGGACGGUCCGAGAACCAUCUCCAAGAUCGCCUUGGACAACAUCAGCAAGGCGGGCACGACGAUGCAGUUCAACUUCGGCGACAAAUCCACGUGCGACAAGAGUUAUCUACCGGGUGCGAAGCAGAAUGGUGAAAAAUCGGCGGACGAGCCGAUGGCAGAGGAGGAUUGUUGCGUGAAGGCGGAGUGCAGGAGCAAGGUAGGUGCGCCCGCCAGCUUCGCGACCUCCAAGGCAGCAGCGUCAAGAUUGCAGGAAAGGCUCGAGCCUGAGGAGGAGAGCGACAGCAAGGACGUCGAGGAGAAGCUGAUUGUACCGGAGAGCAAACCCAUCGGCGCCAUUUGCAGUUUGGGCUUGAUCAAGACCGUGACGACAACUAUAACGACGACGGCGACGACGACGACGACGACAUCGUCGUCGUUGCAGAGCAACAACGAAGUGAAGACGAUACGAUGUCAGCAGAAGAGCGAGUUCUCGCCGCCGCAGAAGCAGAUCGGCAUCAUCCGGCCGCUCGUCUCGACCAAGACGCAGCAUCCGCAGCAAAAUCUGAGCAAUCGCGAGCUCGAGAAGAAUCUGAUCAAUCGGGUCAAGAGCAUCGAACAGCCGACGAAAGUAGUGGUGAGCCUGAAGAGCGCCGACGAGAUACAACCUGUGAAGAAGACGAAUACCGGAGGCGGCGGCGGUGGUCUCUGGGACACGAAACCAUGGAAUCAGCAGAACAACACGAUGGUAUUUAACUUCAGUAACCGAAAGGACGUGCCGGAUUACAUAGAGAACGACGGCCUCAUCAUCAGGAGAAAGCGGGAUAAGCCGAAGGUUGGUGAUGGUAGCAUUAUAGUGCUCGACGCUACUUUGGACGCAUCUACGACCGACGAUGCCGAGUGGGAAAUCUCCGGGGGUCCACCGUCGCCCUGCGACGUGUCGUUUCUCAACGACAAUGUUCUCAUCAACGGACGCAGCAACCUCUCGAGGACGCCACGAAAUCAUAAGCAUCGAAUACAGUUCGACGACACCGCCACGCGUACCUUCGAGUAUCCCAGCGAAGCGUCGAUCCUGGAAGGUGAGACCAGCAGCGUGGACGGCGAGACCUCCAGUUCCGCGGUCGAGCAACAGCAGUCCGCGCCGAGCAACAACAAAAUCUCCCCGACGAGCAGCAUGCCGUCCCUUCUCGGUGGAGGUGGACUAGCCAGUUACACGCCCAGCAAAGUCGAUCUGACGUCGGAGGGCUUCGAGCUGGGCAUCACCAGGGCUAUACUGAUGGUACCGACCUCAGCGGCGGCAGCAACGACAGCAACGACCGGGCAAACCGAGAACGCGAGCGAAGUGGAAUACUUGAGACCGGCUCAGGACGCGGGCGCUUGGGGCUCGGAGACGACCGGCGAUCUUCUUUAUUGAAAAAGAAAUGCUGAAUGACGCUUUAUCAUAUUCACCAGCUCAACCACGUCCCUCCGCGCGGCAAUAGAACGAAACGAACGAAAACGAGAAUGAAACUUAUAAGGCUAACAUAAAGUAUUCCUUGUUUUUUUUUUCCUAGCGGCGAGAAUAAUCGCGAGAGACUACGCAAAUGCAAAAGAAUCAAUAUAUUAUAUAGUGAACUUUAAUAAUAAUAAUAAUAAUAAUAAUAAAAAAAUUAUUUACGACAAAUGCUCACAUAACCGUAUAAAGCGAAUUUUUCAUAGAAAGCAGAUUUAAGACGUUCGCGUUCGUGAGCGGACGAUAUAUGUAUGGACCACAGAUAAGUUAUUGUCAAAUAUGCACAUUAAAUUAAGCGAACUUUUUUUUAAUUAUAAAAAGGAAUCAAAAGCGCGAUCUCCGCUCACGAACGCGUCGAACACUGAAAGCGAAGUUUGUUUAGAUGAUUAAGUAAAAAAAAAAAAAGAACUAACAGUAUCAUUCCAAGUGUAUGCAUUUACUUUGUAUCGUUAUGCUACGUCAAAUCGACGGACUUUUCCACAAUGAAUCAUCGAAACUGCCAGGUUACGCUAUAUAGUGCUGCUUUUUUUUUUCAUAACGGCACUCGAAAGGAAGAGCGACUGAUACUCCAUUGCUUAGAGGAAAAAAAAAGAUUAAAAGAGCAUAUCAUCUUUCUGGCAUAUUUUAUAAGAUAGAGGAUUAAUCGACGAGAGAAUCGAGAGUUUUGUAACCUUUUUGAGAUUACUUUAAUGCUAAGCUGCGAGUGUUCAAGCUGCCAGUAAAAGGCCAGAGUUUUAUGUGAGUUUUUUGUAGAAAGGAAAAGGCAUACGAUUCACAAUGUCUUUGAGAUUCAAUUGGAGGGGAAAAAGAUUCAGGAAAGAAAAAAAAAAGAGCUCGAAUUUAGAUUUGUAAACGUUUUUUGCCAAAGUAGAACGUAAGUCUACUUAGUAUAUUUAAUAAUGUAUAUGUACAAUAAGUGUUCCAAGUUCGACAAAACUGUAAGAAUUGUAAAUUUCAAAGCACAUCGUCACAUUUGUACCGAGUGUAUGCCUUGCAAAUGCGAAGAUAAGCCAUUACAGCGUAUGUGUCCUUUUUCAUGUUGAGUUUGCAUUUAUUUUUCAAGGAUCAUAUAAUACAUAAAACUAAUAGCUUUCCAGCUUAUAGGAGUUGCAUAGAUGAAAACGGCGAUUUAAUGUUAAUUAAUUAAUUUUAAGGGAAUUGAAUUUUGUAUAUACUAAAUUAUUGUGGGUCUUGAAGAGCCAUCCAAGAGAUAAGUUAAUCGAGUCACGAAAGUUCGAGAAAAAGAAAUUACAAUUAAGAUCAGCUUUCUUGUAUUACUUUUACGUUAUUCUUUUUGUGUUAAUUUCUUGUAACAUUUAUGUAGCAUCUCCACGGAUGCGUUACCACGGAUAAUUCGGAAAUAUUGUUUUGAAUCGUGUAGGUGUAGGUAUUUAAUAAUGUAUGAUUGUAACGAUAUGUAGUUAAUAUGAUUUUAUCACUUGGACAGUGGACUAAUUCAAGCGAGAAGAACGCGAUUAAAAGAUAAUUUAUUUACGGAGGUGCAUCAAAAGUAAACUGCUGCCGCGUAUUUUGUUAGAAUUUCAAAUGUAUUUACUUUAUUUAGAUGCUGUAUCGGUUCACCGAAUAGAGUUUGUGAUGUACCGCAUUGUUUAAAAGACUUGUUCUUGUGUCACAGCGUUGUGUCUUACACUGUGAUAUUUUUGUUAAUCUUUUUCUAGCGUAAAACAUAAUUUCCAAUUAUUUGUCAGACCCAGCAAGUCGUCGAUGCUCCUUGUGUCUCGUUGCUACAAUACACGAACAUUACAGGAAGCAAGUCAGAUUACGUAUGUGCAACAUUCCAAAUUGAAAUUAUAUACGUUACAUAGAGCGCGUCUUUUUUAAUUUUGUCAAUUAAUCAAUUGUAAACUCCUCUUGCUCCAAUACAGGAGAGCUGUGUAACAGUUUUGUAAAUUACUAUUGUACAGAAUCACAAAAAAAAAACACGUUUCGAGUAAACAAUAAUAAGUGGAAACGAUUGAGAUGACUAUUAAUAACUGAAAAGCUUGGAUCUAUAUUACUACCUUCUUAAAUAUGUAAAAGUAUUGUGUGAUGUACUGUCUAUGUGUUACAAAAUAUUGAAAUAAUAAAAGAGACAAUUACUCCUUAUUUCUUA